AUGUCAUCGGUGACUGCUGUCCAACAACACAUUAUCAAUCACCGAGAACAAGAAACUUCAUCUUUAUUUUCUAUUAUACAGACAAAUGAAACAACAACAAUGUUUAAUAAUUCUCGACGACGAAUACAUACAACAAUCUCUUUAUUAUCAUCAACAACAUUACCAACAUCAGCAAUAAAUGAUGAACUAAUUUAUAAAACAAAUACUAUGGAAUAUAAUGAAAACGACGCUCGAAACUCAGCACAAUUAAUUAUAAUUAUUAUUGUUUGUUCAUUGAUGUGUAUUUUAACAAUAGUUGGAAAUAUUGUUGUCAUACUUGCCGUUUCUCUUGUACGAAGAUUACGAACAGCAUCAAAUUCAAUUAUUGUUAGUCUUGCUGUUAGUGACUUGUUAAUUGGCUUAUUUAUUAUGCCAUUGGCUAUAAUUCUUGAAAUAUCUAGUUAUAGAUGGAUUUUUGGUUCUAUUAUGUGUGACAUAUGGACAUCAGUUGAUGUUCUUUUAUAUCCUUCAGGAGUGUUACAUAUUCUCGUACUUUCAAUUGAUCGUUAUUCUAUUAUUAAUUACUCAUCUAAAUAUACUUCAAUGCGUAGAAUUAUAUUAGUUUUAUUAAUGAUUGUCAGUGUUUGGAUAGUUAGUGCAUUUGUUUCAUUACCACUCAUCAUGAGCUGGGGAUGUCCAUCUGAAAACCUUUGUAUUUGUCAAUUAAAUCCAACAUUAGCCUAUCAAAUAUUUGUAGCAAUGAUUUUAUUUUACAUACCCGUUACCAUUAUACUAAUUAUCUAUAUUAAAAUCUAUCGAACAGCAAUAGAUCAUCGAUCAAGUGUUCAAAUGUCUCAAUUUGUAACACAUAAUACUACAUCAGCAAAUGUUGAACAAGCAUCUGAAGUAGUAGAUGAGCAACAAUCAACUGGAAAUAGUUGCACAUCUCCACAGUUUCUUUUAAAUAUAUCUAAUACAAAUACGAAUGAUGGUUAUUCUUCAACAGUAGAUGAAAGACAAUCAUUAAAACGUUCAGAAAAUAGUCAACAUGAAUCAAAAUCAACAAGUUUUUUGUCUCGAACACGGUGUUUAGGUCACUGUAUAAGCACACUAUUUAAUGGUUGCCUAUCGAUAUUUGUUUCACGUCGUUCUUCAAUUUCUCAUCAUGUUCAUUUAGCAAAUCGACAAGCAAUACGUACACUUGGUGUUAUGCUAGGAUUAUUGAUUAUUUCUUUUCCUCCAUUUAGCUCAUUUGCUAUAAUAAACCCUUUACAUGAACACAUAACAGGCUUAACAAGCACACCAAAACCAUUAAAUAUGCCUUCAUGGGUUGAUCCGGUUUUAUUAUGGCUUGGUUAUUCAUUGUCAAUGUUACGUCCCCUAAUUUAUUUUAAAUAUAAUCAAGAAUUUCGAACAUCUUUUCAUGAAAUAAUUUGCUGUCGUUGUAAAGGUUUAAAUGACAAAAUUCAACAACAAGAAUAUGUAGAAAAUUUAUAUGAAGAAAAUCAAUUGCAACCAGCAACACUACCUCAUAUAACGAUACCUACAAGAAAUAGUGACAAUCGUGAAGAAGCUAUAUGA